GCCCCGCCCCUCCCCGCGCGCGGCCGCGGCGCGAGCCGCCAAGAUGGCGUCGGCCCUGGAGCAGUUCGUCAACAGCGUCCGGCAGCUCUCGGCCCAGGGGCAAAUGACCCAGCUUUGUGAACUGAUCAAUAAAAGUGGAGAGCUGCUAGCAAAAAAUCUUUCCCAUCUGGAUACAGUGCUCGGUGCCCUGGAUGUACAGGAACACUCACUAGGUGUUCUUGCUGUCUUGUUUGUGAAGUUUUCUAUGCCCAGCAUCCCUGACUUCGAAACGUUAUUCUCACAGGUGCAGCUUUUUAUCAGCACUUGCAAUGGAGAACACAUUAGAUAUGCAACAGACACUUUUGCUGGCCUGUGCCACCAGUUAACAAAUGCCCUUGUGGAGAGAAAACAGCCCCUGCGAGGAAUUAGCAUUCUCAGACAAGCCAUAGACAAGAUGCAGAUGAACACAAACCAGCUGACCUCAAUACACGCAGAUCUCUGCCAGCUCUGUUUGUUAGCAAAAUGCUUUAAACCUGCCCUCCCGUAUCUAGAUGUGGACAUGAUGGAUAUUUGUAAAGAGAAUGGGGCAUAUGAUGCGAAGCACUUUUUAUGUUACUACUACUAUGGUGGGAUGAUAUACACUGGGCUAAAGAACUUUGAAAGAGCACUCUACUUUUAUGAACAGGCAAUAACUACUCCAGCCAUGGCAGUCAGUCAUAUUAUGUUGGAAUCAUAUAAAAAGUAUAUCCUAGUUUCUUUGAUACUACUUGGUAAAGUUCAGCAGUUACCAAAAUACACUUCCCAGAUAGUUGGUAGAUUCAUUAAGCCUCUUAGCAAUGCUUACCAUGAAUUAGCACAAGUUUAUUCAACCAAUAAACCCUCGGAGCUUCGAAAUCUGGUGAACAAACACAGUGAAACUUUCACAAGAGACAACAAUAUGGGACUGGUUAAGCAAUGCUUGUCAUCUCUCUACAAAAAGAAUAUUCAGAGGCUAACCAAGACGUUUUUAACAUUGUCAUUACAAGACAUGGCAAGUCGAGUGCAGCUGUCAGGGCCCCAAGAAGCAGAAAAAUACGUCCUCCACAUGAUAGAAGAUGGUGAAAUCUUUGCAAGUAUUAAUCAAAAAGAUGGUAUGGUCUGUUUCCAUGAUAAUCCUGAAAAAUAUAACAAUCCAGCUAUGCUUCAUAACAUUGAUCAGGAGAUGCUGAAAUGUAUAGAGCUUGAUGAACGACUGAAAGCCAUGGAUCAAGAGAUCACUGUGAACCCUCAGUUUGUGCAGAAGAGUAUGGGCUCUCAAGAAGAUGACUCAGGGACCAAACCAUCCAGUUAUUCUUGAAAUUAAUGUUGCUCACCACUCCGCUUUCAAGUAAAAGCUUAUGAAAGAAUCACGCCUGGAGCAGGGCAUUGAGGAGUUCCACAAAGAGAGCAGAGAGAACUGAGCUUUGCUUUUCACCUGGACAUUAAGAAAAUAAAAGAACACCCUCUCAGUACUGUAUAAUACCAGAAAUAUUCUCUGCAAAGAAAAAGGAAAUCUCAAAAGAAACUUGAAAGUCUGUUGUGGAUUUAUUUAUCUUCAGAUUAACAUUGUUAAUGCAUUAAAUAAUCUACCUUUUGUUUUAAA